UCGCGUUCCGCGUCAAUGAGACAGGAUCCUCUAUGGAGAGACCUAUGGCCGGUCGGAAUUCAUCGUAUCCCGUCAUAUCCCUGAUCAAGUGAGACGCUUACAGUCCAUAUUCCGUGCUCAGUACCUUUGCGACUCCUGAACUACCGGCCGCUUCUCCCGUCACUUGAUCAGGAUGAAGCGAAACGUAUCGGAAACGAUCGAGGAGCUGACCGACGAAGAAAGAAAAUUGUACGAUCGACAAAUUCGACUCUGGGGUCUGGAGGCCCAAAGACGACUGAACAAGUUCAGAGUUUGUGUCGCCGGAAUGACCGGCCUGGGCGCCGAAGUGGCGAAAAAUGUGAUUUUGGCGGGAGUGGCCCAAGUGACGUUGAUGGAUCACAAGGAAGUCCUAGAGAAUGACUUCAGAUCUCAGUUUAUGGUGAAACCGCAGGACCUCGGCAAGAAUCGAGCUUCCGCCUCCUUGAGCUAUGCGCGUCGUCUGAACCCGAUGGUGAAAACGGAGGCCUUGGAGGAAGACAUCCUGGAGAAAGACGACAGUGCUUUCCUAAAACAAUUCGAUAUGCUUGUGGUUUGCGACAUGAUACCACUGAAGCGCGCCUUCGACCUUGACGACCGCUGUCGCAAAAACAACGUCAAGCUCAUCUUUGGGCAUGUUCUCGCCGGAAUGGGUUUCUUCAUCAGCGAUCUCAUGAAUUUCGAUUUCGUCGGUGAAGUGAUCAAUCACUUGAAAGAUGGCAAACAAGUCAAGAACGAACCCAUGAACCGUCUUUAUCCUCCUAUGAGAGAAAUUAUGAACGUGCGAUACGUGAACAAGAGAUCCGGUGCCGCACUCACGAAACGUACUAACAAAUGCGUACUCCAGCUGUAUCUACUUCUCGAGUUCUAUAAAGAAACAGCAGACUCCAUACCAACGAAGGAGGACCUGGAGAACUUGCUCCCGAAAGUUGCCGAGAGACUCGGAGCUCCGGAAGAACGAUUCGAGAUCGAUUUAUUGGACGAAAUUCUCAGCCACGAGCCGGGACCUGUCGCUGCCACUGUAGGCGGCGUACUCGGCCAGGAAGUUGUGAAGGUUGCAUCUCAGAAUUGUGUUCCAUUCCACAAUUCCUUCGUUUUCGACGUGGAUACUUGUCAGGGUGUCGUCGAACUACUCAAAUGAAUCCGAGAGCUCGGGAGUAUGCAGCCGCUCCAUGAGAGCAGCCGUGAACCAUUCUUGUUCUAUUCCCUCAUAAUCCUUCCGUUACCAGAGCACAACAUGAUCCUCGCAAGAAAGUGAAAAAUAAGCCUUUGAAUGAUUAUCCAAAUAUAUAUUCGUCU